AUGGCCGAUCUCUUGCCGACAAGCACAUUGUCUUAUGAUGAUUGGGCAAACAAAACCCUCGAAGAACUAAUCGAGUAUUCCCUAGAGUCUAGUCCAUUCAGGGAUUUUGAAUGCCCACUUCGAUAUGCGAUUUUACCUAGUGCAUGGAUAUUUAUCACCACCGUACCCACGUUGCCGAAUGGAAUGCCGAUUAGGCCAGAAAAUCGUCCGGAUAGCGAUCUACCGGUCAUUGCUAUGCUUGCCGCGAUGUUGAUCACAAAUUUGAUCUCACUAGUCACCUAUCUGCAAAGACAAAUCUUACGAGUCGACAUCGGCAUAACUCCAUCCAAUUACAAGCAGAAGAUACUUGGUCAAUAUUAUUACGUCACACUUCCCCAGAUGAUUUUUCGUGACUUGCAAACUCUCUGCGUUCUACUCUUCAAUUUGCCACCUCGACAACCAAAGCACCAACCACCAAUCCUUUCAAAGCAAAGUGCUUCAAACGGCAACAUAGCAACGAUAAAAGUUGAU